AUGGGGAUAUCAGGGAUCGGGUUUUCGGUCACCGGGACGUCCGUGGGCGUGGCAGGUGUUGCUGGUACUGGUGCUGCAGAUACGGGCGCACCGGUGACAGGUGUAGAGACUGUAGGUGCUUCGGUUGCUGCCCCGGAAGUGGCUGGUGCCGUAGUGUCAGCGAGUAUCGGAAUGUCCCCAAAAGGGUCUUCUGUCGCUGGCGCUGUACUUAUCGGCGUACUGGUCACCGGUGCCGUAGCAGCGUCAGUGGCUGGCGUAGAAGUUACAGGCGUACCAGGGUCCGGUAUACUGGUUACCGGAGCAGCAGUAGCAGUCGAUGGAGCUGAAGAUACCGGCGUACUAGUGACCGGCGCACUAGUUAUCGGCACUGCACUUGCUGGCGCAGAGGUGGCGGGUGCUGUAGUGUCAGCGAGGAUCGGUAUGUCACCAAAAGGAUCUUCUGUCGCUGGUGCACUUGGAACUGGAACGCUCGUUGACGGUGAACUUGUUGCGGGUGGACUGGUCACUGGUGCACUUGAUACUGGUGAACUUGUUUCUGGUGGAGUCGUUAUUGAUGGAGUUGUUAUCGGUUCACUGGUCGCUGGCGCAUUCGUCGUUGGUAUAUUCGUUACUGGUGCACUUGUUUCUGGUAUGCUCGAUACCGGUGGACUCGUUAUCGGUGCCACUGUUGCUGCCGCAGAAGUUGGAGGAGCCGGAGUGUCGGCAAGGAUCGGAAUGCCACCGAAAGGGUCUUCUGUUGCUGGGGGAGAAGCUACUGGCGUACUAGUGGCCGGCGGUGAAUUCGUUUCCGGUGCACUCACCACUGGUGGACUUGUUACUGGUACGCUUGUUUGCGGGGAACUUGUUAUUGGCUCACUCACUAUCGGUUCGCUCGCCGCUGGUACACUUGUUACUGGCGCACUCGUCACUGGUGUCACCGGUGGGCUCGUUAUCGGCGCCACUGUUGCCGUCGGAGAGGUUGGAGGAGCUGGAGUAUCAGCGAGGAUCGGGACGCCACCAAAUGGGUCUUCUGUCCCAGGUGCGGAAGUCACGGGCGUACUUGUUGUCGCACUCGUUUCUGGUGCACUCGUUACUGGCGCACUGGUAACUGGAGCACUGGUUACUGGAGCACUCGUUACUGGAGCACUCGUUACUGGAGCACUGGUUACUGGAGCACUCGUUUCUGGUGCACUCGUUACUGGCGCACUGGUAACUGGAGCACUGGUUACUGGAGCACUCGUUACUGGAGCACUGGUUACUGGAGCACUGGUUACUGGAGCACUCGUUACUGGAGCACUGGUUACUGGAGCACUGGUUACUGGAGCACUGGUUACUGGAGCACUCGUUACUGGAGAAGAGGUAUCAGGAAUGGGAGUAUCAGCAAGAACGGGAAUGUCAUCAAUAGGAUCUUCUGUCUCCGGUGGUGAAGUUACAGGCGUACUUGUGACAGGUGCCGUUGUGGCAGUCGGUGGAGCACUCGUUGUCGGCGCACUCGUUACUGGUGCACUUGUUAUCGGCGCGCUUGUUUCUGGCGCACUUGUAAUUGGAGAACUCGUUUCCGGCGCACUCGUUACCGGAGCACUGGUCGCUGGAGCACUAGUCACUGGCACACUCGUUAUCGGCACUGGUGUUUCUGGAGCACUUGUUUCUGGCGCACUCGUUACUGGAGCACUCGUUGCUGGCGUUUGUGUUUCUGGAGCGCUUGUUUCCGGUGCUGAUGUUGCUGGCGCGGAGGUGGCAGGAGCUGGAGUAUCAGCAAGAAUAGGUAUUUCGCCGAACGGAUCUUCUGUCGCAGGUGCAGAAGUUGUUGGCGUACUGGUGACCGGAGCACUUCGUUCGUUACCGGUGCACUGGUUACUGGAGCACUCGUUGUCGGCGCUGGUGUUUCUGGGGCACUCGUUACCGGUGCACUGGUUACAGGAGCACUGGUUGCUGGCGCACUCGUUACCGGUGCACUGGUUACUGGAGCACUUGUUGUCGGCGCUGGUGUUUCUGGAGCACUCGUUGCCGGUGCACUGGUUACUGGAGCACUUGUUGUCGGCGCUGAUGUUUCUGGAGCACUCGUUACCGGUCCACUGGUUACAGGAGCACUGGUUGCUGGCGCACUCGUUACCGGUGCACUGGUUACUGGAGCACUCGUUGUCGGCGCUGGUGUUUCUGGAGCACUCGUUACCGGUGCACUCGUUGCUGGCGUUUGUGUUUCUGGAGCGCUUGUUUCCGGUUCUGGUGUUUCUGGCGCACUGGUUACUGGAGCACUCGUUACUGGCGCUUGUGUUUCUGGAGCGCUUGUUUCCGGUUCUGGUGUUGUUGGCGCGGAGGUGGCAGGAGCUGGAGUAUCAGCAAGAAUAGGUAUUUCGCCGAACGGGUCUUCUGUCGCUGGUGGGGACGUAACUGGAGACGUGGUGACGGGUGCUGAAGUUGCCGGCGCCGCGGUAGGUGCCGCAGAAGUAGGAGGAGGUGUCGUGUCCACAAGAAUGGGGAUCUCACCAAAAGGAUCUUCUGUAGCUGGUGGCGACGUGGUGGAAGGUGCUGUCGUCGUCGUUGGCGCCGGCGUUGCUGUUGGCAUUGGCGGUUUAUAUGUAAGUUCACAGUCUCCUGCACUUUCAGUGCAGCAGAUGAUAUUUUGCUGGUUCCAGGCCGACCAUUCUUCCGUGCACGUCGACAUACUCCAGCAGUAUGGCCCCCCGGAUCCUUGAUUUGAUUCUUCGCAACACCACAUGCUCCCUCCAUUGGUAUAUGCGCAACCGUAGUACGCCCUCUGGGUACUGAAACUUGGCGGAGCAACAACCUCAGGAUCUUCGAAUUGGAGGCGACGCUCGUCAUCAGUCAUUGGACUCUGACGAGCUAUAAUAUGAGGUACUUGGCUGCGAUGAGAACGUCCCUGAUCACGAUCACUUUCUAGUUUUGCUGCAGUAAACUCCGAGCACACGCGAUCUCCUCCCUUGCACUUGUAGCCCCGGAAUUGCCACUUUACCAGAGACUCUGGUGUUUCGUCCAGCAGUAAAUGCUGCAGCGAAAAGUAGACAUUCACCCAAGGCAGAUCACGAAUAUACAAGUCGUCGCUGACCUGCUUGUACAUGCCGAUGUGUACUUGGCCUGGGACAUCCAAGAAGAGAUCAACAGCAACCGAGUUCAACACAUCUCGAAUAUCUGGUGAGCGCGCGGAGGCAGUCACCGUGACGGCACUUUGUAUCAGUGCCGCGGUAGCUGCUAACUGCAUCCGUCGCAUUCUACCCGGAUGCCUUCAGCGGUGUUAUGCUCUUCGGAAAAUGACCUUGUGCUACGUUGAGAUGUGAAGGCAGCCAGCUUUGAUCACAUCUGACCCCAAGCUAGGUUCAUACGCAUUUUACUUCCACUACCUGAGCAUUUACGUCGCUUCGUUGCGUCGAUUGGGGAAAACAUUUCCAAAAUGGAACACUCUGCAAGUAGUCGGAGCAAGAGUUCAGUACACCAAAGGCUUGGAGGUGUUGAUGGUGCAAGUCAUUUACUAUUGGUACACAGCUCAACGACGUGUGAGUUCCCUCUUUUUAUAAUAGUAUUUGUUUUGAAACACA